AAGGAUCAGCCACAAGCCUCGAUCCCAAAAUGGCAGCGGCCUAAAAACAACAGUUGUAGAGAAUUGUUACUGUUAACUUGAUAAACGCACUUGACUAUUAUUUGCAGGCCAUAGCAUAAGUGUAAGGAUGUCCAGAAUACAUGUAUCUGCACGUAUACGACAAAGUUUUAAAGGAGAGUCGGGCGAAAAGCUCAAGCUACCUCAGCAAAAUGAUGGAAGCAGCGAAGGUUUUGAUCAUGUUUUUGAAAACUCAAAGAAAUGCGAGGAACUUUACACAUCUUGCAUUUCUCAUCUUGUUAAACCCUUUCUGAAUGGUGUAAAUGCAUCGGUGGUAAUAAUGGGUGAAAGAAAUUCUGGGCAAAUAUCUACAAUAUUUGGAGGAGAGAUAGGGAACAUAUUCAAAUCAAGCAAGAAUAGCUCUGGGUUUUUAGCACCAUUAGUUCACGAUCUGUUCAGGAGACCCAUCGAUGUAGGUGGGAGCAGCGAGAAGCCUGUUUUGAAGUUAAGUGUAGUUCAAGUGAAAGGCAAUAAGGUUGAAGAUCUGCUGGUUCCACCCGGAGAAACACAGAUGAAUGGUAAUGGAACCAUAGGUUUUGUUGAAAAUGAAUUUGAAGGGUUGCAAUUAAAAAAUGUGAUAGAAUUAGAAGUUAUUGGAACAAAGGAUUGCUCCAUUAUGAUAGAAGGGUCGCUAGAAAAAGUUGGUUUGUUGGAAGAAGAGGACUUGUCAGACAAAGAAGAUUCAACUUUGAUGAUUCAGUUUCAGAUGCAAAGCAACAAAAAUGUUCAGUUAACUUCCUGGCUUAGGAUUUUCAAACUGCCUGGUGUUGAGAAGUUGAUGAAUACCCCACCUGAUAAAAACACAAGACCCCAUACCUCUUCAUUGGAUGUUCAUGCAUUUGGCAAUGUUGUGUUACAACUUACUGAUGGGGAUGAAAAUAUACAUGUUCCAAACUACAGCGAAACAGUGUUAACAACUCUUCUGUCAGAUGCACUUGGAGGAAACUGCUUAACAAGCUGUAUAGUGACAUUCAAACCGAACAAAACUCCAGCUUCUGCCAUUGUUUUGAGAUAUGGCCUGCGCUUAAAAAAGAUAAUUAACUAUCCAACACAAAAUACAUCCAAUUUCAAAAAUAUUCUACGAAGGUAUCGAUGGCUGGUAAAAAGAAUGCAGUCAAAAGUUCACGAAGACAGACAGAAGAAUGAAGCUUAUAUUGAUGAGCUUAAAAAGAAGAUAGCAGCUCUAGAAAACAAAAUGAAAGAAAUCGAGCAUGAUAAAGUUGAAUGGCAAGCGGAGAAAAAUGAUGCUGAGAAUCGUUUAGCAAAUGCAAACAGAAAAUAUGCUGAUCUGACGUCAUCAAGAACUGAAAUCUCAUCACGGAUGGUGUCUUCGGAGCAAGAGAAACUCAAGCUAUCAAAAGAAAUUGUCGAUCUUCAGUUGUUAAACAAUGCAAUAAAACAGGAAGCUGAGAAACAAAUAUUUGAUUUACGGCAGCAGAAUUUAGUUCUAGAAGGGAAAGCUUCUGAUAUGGAAAGGAGUCUGGCAUUAGAGAAACGGGGACAUCAAGAUCAAAAAGAGAGAGCAACACAUUUUAAGCAGGAGCACCAGGACCUCAGUGAAGAGUACAUUAAUCUCAAAGGAAAUCAUGCCUCGCUUUCAGAAGAACACCAAGCUGUGAUUAAUGAGAACGAGACAUUAAAAAGCAAAAUAGCAAAGCUUGUAGAUGCGAAGGAGCAAAUGAUCAAAUAUAAAGACCAGACAGAAAUGCAACAGCUUCAGGAUCUUACCGAACAACUAAAAAUGAUAACUGAGCAAGUAUCCCAAGAAUCCAAACAAAGAAAGACAAGUUCGUCCAUGAGAUUGAGGUCUUCGAUAAAAAAGCUUGACCUGGAGAAGCAAUUGUUGUUAAACGUCCAAGAAAGAGAGGAGAAACUUGACUCACUUAGAGAGGAGCAUAAGAUGGAACUAAAAAAGCUAGGGGAAAAACUGAUGGCGAUGAGAGAAGAACUGAAAGAAUCAAACGAGCAAGCGGAGAGAUACAAAAUGAGAAUGGCGGAGCAAAAUUCUGAGCUGCUGAUCGCCAAUGAACAAAAAACUCGAAAUGAAGAUUUGGUUCAAAAACUGGAUGAGAAGUUGAAAGAUUUGUCUCUGGAGUACUGCAAGAGGCUGGAGACCUAUAUUUUCGAUUUGAAGGGUUUUUUGUGGAAUCAACAAGGAGAAAAACGUGAUCAAACUCUAAAAGAUAAAGUCGAUCACAUUGAUUCUAUGAUGGAAGGAUUGAAAAAAGGCUACAAUACUGAUAAGGAGAUGCUUGAAAAUAGAUUGAAAAGGACAGUGACAUAUUCACUGGAAAUAUUGCAACGUCAUGAGCAACUCUUAACUGCAUACAAGUUGAUUUUAUGGAAAACUGGAGUUGGAGGAAGCUCGGAGAACAACAUCGAAAGAGAUUUUGAUAUAACAUUGCCACCAAUUGAAGAAAUUAAAAAUGAGCAGAUUAAAGAGAAAAACGACCUCAAGACCAAACUCUAUUUGUCAGAGCAAAAUGUAAAAGAUUUGCAAGAUAAGGUUGAUAAACUGAAGGAUAAAUUAAAGGCCGAAGGAACUCUGAACGAACGUAGAGACGAUGAUGGUUCUGGUCUCAGCUUACGAGCUCUAAGAAGGAACAUGCAUGAUUUCACAGUGAAUAUCCAGGUUGAGUUGGAGAAAGAGAGGGCCGAGUUAAUCACACGCUGCACUUUGGCAGAACAACAAGUUGCUGAAUAUGAAGAUUAUAUGGACACUUACGUCAAAAGGUAUCAACAAGAAAUAAUAAGUUUAAGAAAAAUGUUAGCAGAAAGUGGACGACUUCAAAGUGCUGAUGGUGUCUUGGGGCUGGAGCACCGCCCUACGAGAAUGCUUCCACCGCUACAGAAUGACAGGCCAUACAGACUUCAGCAAAGAAAUUCCAGAUAUUAGUGAGACGUGUCUCAAGCAUCUCUUUCUUCUACAUUGCUAUUCGCAAACGUGGCUAACUCUAUAUAUUCUGAAGCAACUCAGUAGAGAUAACUAUUCCAAAGAAAUAUCGGAAUCAACACUGUAAUAGAUAGCCUUGUUAUUAAGAUCUUAGGCUCAUUUUAGUAAAGUUAAGUCAUGCGUAGGUAGCUUUCUAAGCAGGUUAUCAAACGGGAUGCUUGCCUUGACUUGGGAUGAGUUGCAGCAGUGGCAAUAAAACACCCAUGAAAAAGGAAUAAGUGGCGUGAAAAUGUCGAAUAUAUGGUAACUUUGCUUGGUAGUUAAAACAUUCGUUGCAAGCGAAUGCUGUAUUUUGAAUGCUAUCAA